UCCAUGAGGAAACCGCCACUAUCUGUCCAAAUGAAGGCAACAGACCCCCAGCAAAAACACCGACCGGCACACACCGCACCACUUCAAACCAGAUCCACCGACCCACUGAAUCGUCACUGAGUCCUCCCUCCGCUCCAUCCACUUCAAUCCCCACCGAGCCAGACCAUAUUCACAGAACGGCACGGAGCGGCAUUACUAGCUCUCGCCUCCGCGUCCUCUCUCCUCAACCUCCUUCUGGACACGCCCACCUGUAG